AUGCCAAGCCACCGGCAGCUUGCGAAUCCGCAAGCAAACAUUUUUGAGCAGUUCAUGAGCCCUCAGUCUUUCGAUGUGGGUAAGGCAGUUGGAACUCUGCACAGUCGGGCUGAUCCGCUCAUACGAUACGUGGCAUGGGCUGAUAGGCAUGCAGUCUUGGCAUUUCCAUUCAAGGAGGCUGACGUGUACGAGUUUGCUUGUGAGUGCGAACAUACAUGCUCGCCGAGUUUCCUCAAAAGCUUCCUGAGCGCGGUGACCUUUUGUUUCUUCAUUCUUGGAACGGAGAGCGCUCAGGAGGCGAUGGCUAGCAUGAGAUUGAGUGGUGUGGCCAGGGCAUGCUACUUGACAAAGCGGAAGAGGGUCCAGCGCCCACCGUUGUCGACUGAGAUGGUACAGCGACUUGAGAGGUUUAUAGUUUCCCCCGAUGGGGAUCGCAUUGAUCGGUUCAUAGCUGGAUUCUUCUUGCUCUCGAUUUUUAUGAGGGCCAGGUAUUCUGAUACACAGAACAUGUACAAUGUCAGCGAGGACAAGCCGCAGGUCGACCCGUCUGGGCUUGGAGGCUACCUUCAGGCCGACAUCGCACGCAGCAAGACAUCUUACACCACUGAGAGGAAAACUCAGCUGCUGCCGAUGGUGUGUCCACGCAAGGGUCUCUCUGGCGAAGAUUGGUUCCAGGCGUGGUCCAUGCUGAGAAAGGAAUUGAACGUCCCUGUUGGAGAGGGGCUUCCCGUCCUGCCGGCGAUUUUGACCACCGGACACUGGGCUAGUCACCCUCCGAGUGCCUCGGUCGCUGCUGGAUGGUUGAGAUUCGGCAUCGACAGCUAUGAUCAGAGGGUGUUGGGGUAUCACACGGCUCCGGGCGACCGCAGCGCCCAAGUCUACAGCCGCGAUGCCGUAUCGGCAUCGGUCAGGGUGCUCGAGAAAGUCCUCGCGGCCAUUCGCUACGACUACGAAGCUUCCUCAGAGGCGUCUCUUGAUGAAGAGGAUGCCGAGACCGAUUGUCAGGAGCUCGAGCGAGCGCUGGACGGGGUCGUGGAUGAUUGGUGUGAGGAAGUGCCUAAGCGCGAGUUGAAGGCAGAGCACUUGGUUCGCAAUCGGACAUGCACGAAGAACUACGAGAAGGUGGCAGCUGUUCCAUCGUCGAUGGCCGGUGUGCUAUCCCCGCGUCAGAAUGUGCUUCAGCUGCUUGUCGAUGGUGGCGUCAACACUCUUGCCAAAUUUGCGUAUGUGAGCAGCUUCAUUCCGGGUCAGAGCGAUGAGGGUCCUUUUGUGACUUCCAUAAAGGCCUUUGCUUUGGUCGCGGCCGAGCUUAAAUCUCAGGUUGAGCGCACCACCGAUGCACCAGCGAGGUCAGUGGACAAGUGUUGUCAAAUGUAUGAAAACAAUCGCCUUACAUAUCUUCCGUUGAGUUGGUGCAUGAGCAAGGACGAUGAGACUCGGAAUUCCCGGGACAAGGAGGAUCGUACCCUCACAGUUGACAAUAGCGGUAAUGUUCACAUCAAGAACGCCGACAUUCGAGGUGAGGCCGACUUGAGCACUGACUUGUUACUGAAGUUCGCCCUCACUCGGCGAGGACUCGCAAUGGAACAGGCCGGAUUGUUAGGUUUCAAAGAACAUGAGAAAUGGGCUGAGCGCCUGUUGCACUCCAGAUAUCGUGAGGUGCCUUCGGGAUACACUCGAGUCAGCAUACAGCAGCUGCUUCAAGCCGAUAAGCAAUUGUUUGUCACCGCUGCUAAUGAGUGUCGCAGUGGAGUGCAAGUCACGGAGACCGGUCGUGCAUUGGACGAGGCGUGGAUGCGUUGCGCCGAUUUGACCGAGGUGUCUCAUUUGCUCGCUCCUCUCGCGUCGCCUCCUCCCGCUAAGAUUCCCUUUGAAAGACCCACUCCGUAUGGCCGUGGCAAAGGUCGGGGCAAAGGUUCUGGUAAGGGUAAGCAACCGUCGCGCCGCGAGGUGACCAUGCCAGAGGACCUAAAGGCAAUUGACGGGCAACAAGUGCUUCAGGGGUGCUCACGUUUGCUGCUUUUGUUACCAGCCCGGGCACUUCUACCCCAACUGCCCAAAGCGCAAUACCGAGCUGAUGAGGUCAAGGCCAUCGAUGAAAUUGAGUCGAUCAGUAGCGCAAGUCUUGAUCACGAAUUCAAGGGUUCGGUCGAGGAUCGAGCUCUGACCCUGCUGAACAAUGCUGUUUUUGUUUCCCCCACUGAUUUACUUGAGAUAUUCCAAUCACUCCCCACAGAGGCUUCCGUCCGAGGUGACCCAUCACAAGGAGUCUCCUUCUCGACAGGUGCCUAUUGCAGAGUCAAGGUUGGGCUGCGACGUAAUGUCUUGCUCUUCCCGAAUGUGACAAAGUUGGCCGCGCGCUUUGUGCGACAGCAGCUGCCCAGCUUAAAGUUCACGAGCUUAGCAUUCUUUCACAACGUUCAAACCACACCUCAUGUGGAUGCGCAUAAUUCUUCUUUGCCCAAUGCUGUGUGUGCACUGUCUGACUUCGAUCAGGGACAGGUGUGGGUUGAGAGACCAGGCGGCCAAGCUUGGUGCGAUGUUGAUGGCGAACUACGCAGUGGAGUCGAACUCAGCUUGGAUGGCAGUCAUGCCGUCUUCACCGCUCGACGGUUGACUCACGCCACUAGGAAUUGGUCGGGUGAUAGAGUGGUGUUAGUUGCUUUUUCAGUCUCCGCCAUUGAUCACCUUAGUGAAACUGAUAGUGCUACACUGACCGAGUUGGAAUUUCAGCUCCCGAUGCAAGCCGACAUUCUUGAUGCCGAACAGUCGCCUCCGGUUUGCUAUGAAGCGCCGGUCGUUACCGGGGGGUGUGCUACUGAUGAGUUUCCAAAACCACUCGUCCUCGCACAACCAGUGACUUCCCCGCCUCUAGCUUCCUCCAAGUCGGGUUUAGCCCCCGUAGCAGAUUCCGUAGUGUCUACUGGUCAGGUUCAGGCCAAGCCGGUUGACCAGCCUGGUAUUGUGCUCGAGCUGUUUGCCCGUGCAGGCUCUUUGUCCCGAGCCUUUCAUCAGAUUGGCUUUGAGGUCAUGCCCAUAGAUAGGGGAAGUCACCGGCUUCCGUUGGCCAAGUUGUGCUCACUGGAUCUUGCCUUGCCGAGCUCGUGGCAGUAUCUUUCGCAUGUGCUCGACAACUAUCAUGUUCGGUACGUGCACAUUGAUUUGCCGUAUGCCACCUAUGGACCUAAGCAGGGCCUCCGACGACUGUCCCAUGGAUCUGUCGUUCCUGUAGGAGGCGCCGACGCCUCUCAGGUUCAAAGGCUCGCAUUGGCCGACUCCUUGUUGGAACAUGUCAUCACCUUCUUAAAACGAGUUCAACAAAUGGGCAUCGCCUGGUCCAUUGAGCAUCCGCAUUCCAGCUUCCUGUGGCAUGUGCCUGCUGUGCGCCAGCUCACCAACACCACUACCGUUGUGUACGAUUUGUGUGCCUUCGAUUCUCCGCAUCGCUUGCGGAGGCAACUGCUAACGUCUUGUAGUGCACUAAAGUGUUUACAACAAGUGUGCCAUGGUAAUCACAGUCACACGCCUGUGACUGGCGGUGUUGAUACUCAUCCCAGGCUUUUCUGUCAGCAGGUUGCCCACGCCGUGGCUAAACACUGUGGCUUUGACCCCCUUUCGUCUCCGCUGCAGUCCAGCCCUCCGCCUGUCACACAGCAGCGUCGGGGUAAACUUGGUGCGAGCCUCAUCAGAGAAUUUGGUCGCGUUUGCAGAUGUCGUGUGCCACAGAUUCCGCCUGUGGAUCAUAAAAAUUGCUUGCAGCACGCCAUCGGUGACAUCCCCGCAGGCUCCAAACUUCUCGCCACUGAGGAGACGGGGGAGUCGGGUGGCUUCGAAAUUAGUGUUGGUGUGUAUGCAACACCGGAUGAGUUUCUGGAGGAGGCCAAAGGAUUACGGCAUCCCUUCGAGACGUUUGCUGUCAUCCCCGACGAAGUGAAACGAAAGCUUCAUGAGGCCUUGGUGAAGGGCCCUGAGUGGGUUGGUAGGCAACGUGUGGCCACUCUCAACAAGUGGUUAGAAUGGGCCAAGGAAUUGGAGGAACCAGAGUCCCGACUUAAGGAGGGCCUCGAACCUGGUGUGAGGUCUGUGUUAGGAUCAAAAAGGCUUCUCUUGCUCAAGCGCAUUGCUGAUGACUUGAAGUGGCCCGACGAUGGAUGGUUUGAGGAUACUUGUAAGGGUUUUGGUUUGGUUGGUUGGCAGAAGCCCACUGGUGUCUUUAGAAAGGAGCCUCGUCCCCAGGAGAGGACGGCUGACGAGUUUACUAAGGCCUGUAAGUACAUCCGUCCGGCGCUUUUGGGGAAGGUUUUGUCCGAGGGUUUGAGUGAGCAUUCCUCUGAACUGUGGGAUAAGACUUUGACUGAGGUUGCCGAAGGGUUCUUGGAGGGACCACUUACCGAAGAAGAGCUGACGAGAAGGUACGGCGACGCAUGGGCCCCUGUGCGCCGGUUCGCCGUGAUUCAAUCUUCUGGAGGCAAGCGCAAGUUGAGACCGAUUGACGACUACUCUGAGAACUUAGUUAACGGUUCUUUUUCUUAUGGGGAUAAGCUAGAUCUAAGGGCACUUGACGAGAUCAUUGCAAUAUGUCGCUUUUGGAUCCGAGCUCACACGACGGAGCAUCAAUUCUUUCUGGACAUGGCCAGCGGACCACCGUUGGUUGGUCGAGUGCACCCUGCUUGGGCGGGGUCGUCGUGGUGUCCUGAGCUGUGCACCUUUGAUUUGAAGAAUGCUUAUCGCCAAUUUGCGUUGAACCCGAGCCAUCGUGCCUUCUCCGUCGUUGCCCUUCUCAAUCCGGAUAAUGGCGACUUGGGAUUGUUUGAGGGUAAGGCUCUGCCUUUUGGAAGCACAUCGUCCGUGCUCCACUUCAACAGGUUGUCUAGGUUGCUGUGGCGGAUAGGUUUGGAAGUCUUCUUGUUCUGGGCCAACUUCGUUGACGAUUAUCCAGUGAUGAGCCCGUGCUGUCUUUCAGGUUCCACCAUGGACACCUUGCUUGUGUUGUCCUCAGUGCUUGGUUUUUCCGCAUCCCUUGACAAACUGAGCCCAUUUGCAGACGUCGCUUCCAUGCUUGGGGUCGAGAUUGACUUGAAAGGAGCCAGGGAAGGGGUCAUUCGGAUUAGGAACAAGGAAGGCCGAUCCAGUGAGGUGUGUGAUGCCAUCCGUGAAUGCAUCAGUGAAGGUUGCAUCAAGAUGCGUACUUUUGCCAGGGUUGCAGGUCGUGUCCAGUUCUCCGAUGCGCAAGUCAUGGGGAGAACCGGCAAGCUCGCAUUGGCGGAGCUGAGAGCCGCUUCCACACGCCACGCCUCCCGGUUUGUUCUGGGUCCCCGCGAGAUCGAGGCUUUCGAGUUUCUCAUUGAUCGCCUCUCUUUCGGUUCCCCUAGGGUAGUCCCUUGUGUGGUUGCCCCUAAGCCUGUUUUGAUCUUCACGGACGGAGCAAGCGAACAGUCUGGCAACACCGUUGGAGGUAUUCUUUACUCUCCUUCUGAUGCGCGGCCCCGAUUCUUUUCUUGCGAAGUUCCUUGUGCCUUGGCAGACCGAUGGAGGCAGCAUCUGAAGCAUAUUAUCGGACCCGUUGAGGCGUACGCUGUCGCCCUGGCACGCAAGGCUUUCCACCAGUACAUGUCUGGACAGUAUUGCCUUUUCUUCGUUGACAACGACGCUGUCCUUCUCAGCUUUGUGCGAGGAACGUCUAACAGUGAUCACUUUCGAGAGCUGCUUCUCACAUGGGAACGCUGUGAGAAACAUGGUCCAUCGUGGACAUACUGGACAAGGGUCCCUUCCGCAUCCAAUCCUUCAGACGACCCGUCACGCGGUGAGUUCAGAGCACUUGUUGAUUCGGGUGCAUUACGAGUUAAGUGCUCGUGCCCCAUCUCGGGCAUCCCGCUGGUCGACUUGUAA